UCCGGACUCGCUGACACAAUGUCGGAGGAUGAAAGGGGACCGUCGGAGGCUGUUUUCACUGAGCUCCAACAAGGAAACGUUUAUGUCGACACAGGUUCCUCUGGGCCUGAUGAUAUUUUCGAGGAGGACUCUUACUCUCCGUCCUCCCUCUCCUCGUCCUCCUCGGCCUCUGUCCGCACCUUGGGCUCCCUGCAGGAGAAAGCCCUGUGCACGUCCUGUGGCCAUGAUAUAGUGGACAGAUACCUCCUCAAGGUGAACAACCUGUGCUGGCACGUGCGCUGCCUCUCCUGCAGUGUUUGUAACGCAUCACUGGGGCGACACGUGAGCUGCUACAUCAAGGACAAGGAGGUUUUCUGCAAACUCGACUACUUCAGGAGGUAUGGGACCCGCUGCACCCGUUGUGGCCGCAACAUCCACUCCAGCGACUGGGUGCGUCGGGCCCGAGGCAGCACCUUCCACCUGGCCUGUUUCUCCUGCAACUCCUGUAGGCGCCAGCUGUCCACCGGGGAGGAAUGCGGACUGCUGGAGAACCGGGUGUUCUGCCGACCACACUAUGACCUUAUGAUGGAGAACAUCAUGCGCGUUAAAGUAAAUGAGCAACCAACAGUACAGGAGGAGGAGGCAGAGAAAGAAAAGUCCAGCACCAUGACCAGACCUGCUAAAAGGGCCAGGACCAGCUUCACUGUGGACCAGUUACAGGUAAUGCAAACCCAGUUUACUAAAGAUAACAACCCAGAUGCCCAGAAUCUGCAGAACCUGGCAGAGAGGACCGGUCUCAGCCGCAGGGUCAUUCAGGUUUGGUUUCAGAACUGUCGAGCUCGUCAAAAGAAAUACAUCAGCCCAAAUGCCUCCCUGAUGACAUCGUUUGCUCCUAAUCAGCUGACGCCGCCACUGAUGGAGGACCUGCAAUACACAACCUAUAUUUCCCCAGAUGCGCCCCUCCUCGCCACACUGACGUAUAUGGAUGUCCAAAAUCCGGACCAACUUUUGCUUCAGCCACUCGUCUCCCAUUCGCUGACACAACUGCCAGUCAGCCACGCCUGAGCUACAGCCCGCCUCUCGACAACAGAAGCCAAUGACAGAAAGGGUCCCAAGAUGACAGCAGCAGUUAAACCAAUCAAUGAGUUAAAUGUUCACAGCCUAAUGUUUGAGCAGACACUGAAUUGAUUUCACCGGAUCACACAGAUUCACAGGUGACGAUGACAGUGUGAAUGAAACUUUUGUUAAUAUGUAUAUGCUGUGCAUUUCUUUGUGUUUAAUUUAUUUGGAGAAAAUGAUGAUAUGGCACUUUUUGUCGGAGAAAAUAUGUAAAAACAGAGUAUGGAUUUGGUUCAGUUGGAUGUUUAUUUAAGGAUGUGUUUGAUGAUAAUAAAAUUGUCAGUUGGGCACUCGAGAGAGACGAAAU